AUGGAGAAGUUUGGCUGUAACGGCAAGUUUACUGCGAUUGUCCGGCAGCUCCACGAUAGCAUCAUGGUGAAAGUACUGGACGAUGGAGACGAGUCAGAAGCCAUCCCAGUGACGAGCGGGGUGAAGGAGGGCUGCGUUCUCGCCCCAACACUCGUCAGCAUGGUAUUGUUGGCCAUGCUCACUGAUGUCUUCUGUGAUCGCCAGGGCGGAAUACCCACCAGAUACAGGACUGACGGUGGGCUGUUCAACCAGGAGCCUACCGGUUGUUACAAAGGUGAAGACACUGUCAUAAAAGACUUCCUGUUCGCUGAUGACUGUGCCCUCAACACCAGCACAGAGCAGCACGAAACACACUGCUUCUCACAAGCCUGCGACAACAUCACUUAUCAUCACCACCAAAAAGACUGA